AUGCCUGAAAACGACUUACUACCAGUGACAAAUCGUCUCGAACCGUUCUGGCUCACAGAGCGAGAUCCAGUGCUACAGAAUGCUCGAACGACGCCCGAGCUACCGCGAUCAGCGGAUGUUGUGGUCGUUGGUUCCGGCCUGACCGGUGCAAUGACAUGCUAUCACUUAUACUCGCAAGCACAGCAGAUGGGCAGGAAAAUCAAUGUAGUCUUACUCGAAGCAGAUGAAGUCUGUAGUGGAGCGACUGCAAGGAAUGGUGGUCAUUGCAAACCAAUUCCAUUUAUCGGAUAUCGUGCUGAAGCAGCCAAACAUGGUCCAAAGAUUGCCAAUCAUCUUCUCACUUUUGAAGCGGCUGCAUUGAAGCAGUAUGCAGACCUUGUCGCUAAAGAAGACAUCAGUUGUGACAUGCACGUUACACGAGCAGUCGACGUGUGCUUCAAGCAAGAAGACGCCGCAGCCGCCCAAAAGGAUUAUGAAGCCAGAAAGGCUGCCUUUCCAGAAGAUGUCGGUGGCCAAGAUAUCAGGACAAUAAAGGACCCACAAGAGCUGGAAGCUUUGACCGGUGUCAAGGGCGGUCAUUACGGAGCAAGCUACCCUGCCGGUCACCUUUGGCCAUAUAAACUGGCUACUUCGCAGUCACAAUCACAUGCUGGUCAGUGGGAAAUCAAAACUUCUCGAGGAAGCAUCACCACAUCUCAAGUGAUCGUAGCAUCGAACGCAUAUACUUCUGGUUUCCUUCCUGAAUUCAAGGACCUCAUCUUCCCGGUCCGAGGCACAGCCUGUUCCAUCACUCCUGCGCCAUCACAUUCCCCUGGUUCUCUUCCUGGUCCCAUCAAAUACACUUAUGGAUUCCGACAUGGACCUGGAGAGGUUGAUUACAUGAUUCCUCGACAAGGCAGAGGGAGGGUACCAGGUCUCGGAGAUAGGAGUAUCAUAUUGGGUGGAGCUAAAGGAUGUUUCUUGAAGGAUUUGAACCAGUGGUAUGACAACAAGCAGGAUGAUGAGCACAUGCCAGGAGCUAAGCAGUAUUUCGAGGGUUUCAUGAAGAAACACUUCAUAGGCUGGAAUGGGAACGAACACGGGAAUGUUGAUUAUGUUUGGUCAGGUAUUCUGGGAUACUCGGCAGACCUUCUACCCUUUGUGGGUGAGGUUCCAGAUAAGCCCGGUGUAUUUGUGUGUGCUGGAUUUACAGGGCAUGGUAUGCCAAGAAUUCCUGGAUGUACCGCUGCCAUCGCAGCACUUGCGGCAUCGCGUAUCAAGAACGGCUUCAUUACCGCCCCAGAUCAAAAGGCUUUUGAAGAUUCUCUACCCCCGCCGUAUUGGCUCACUCGCGAGCGAUAUACUUCUAAAGUCAAUUUGAUCAAGGCUGCGAUGGGUCAGGGGGACAAGACAAAAGGUGCUUUGCAGAACUCCGAUGAAGCUGUAUUAGCAGGUAGAGCCGUGCGUGCCAAGUUGUAG